AUGUCGUUUCAGGUUACUUCAGUUUCAGACAAUUCAUUAAUGAAGGAACAGAAUGCAGUGGCAUAUCCUGUUACUACACUCCAACAAGCAUGGUCGCUGUUUGAGGAAGGAGUGAUUCAUAUGUAUGGCAACUGGACUGCAUUGACGCUUGCAUACCAAAAUGCAAGCAAUCCACAAAUACUAUCAGCUGCUCAACCUCACCUUGAUCUUGUUGCUCAUACUAUCGAUUACUUUCGCACUAUGGGAAACAAGUCCAGUCCAACAUCACCAGCAGCAGUUGCAGCGAUUGCAGAAACACUUGCUGCAAAUUUAAUGUCGUAUUUCGAGGACAUGUUUGAAGUCGAAGUGGAAGAUGGAUCCCCAUAUCAGAUUGCAAAAAUCAUUGCACUCAUGUAUCAGGAGAUAUUUGUUGGUCGGAAUGCAGCGAGUGUAGUCAAGUUGCGUGAGAGCAGUCAUGCUAUUGCACAAUCUCGCCAGAUGGGUGCAUGGACAGUCACAUCAAAAACAGUUCAGGAUUAUCAAUCUGAUGAUAGCGACAGCGAUUCAGAUACGGAGAUGGAGAAUCAAACAGUGAUUGAAUCUGCUGCAAAGGAACCACAUAUGCCAAUUAUCGAUGAAGAUGGAUUUGAAACUGUCGUUCGCAAAAAAGGAGGUCGUCGGUGA